CACAUUCGAACAUUUUGGAGCAAACAGAGAAGUAGCCUCAGAAGUCCGCACUUCACCAUGARAGCCAGGGUGAGGGUCUUGGUGCUGCUCUUGGCAGCAAACGUUUGCRUGUCAAACGCUCAAGACGACGGCAAGCAGCAGCAACGCAGCGUUUGGGAUGAGCCCAUCAGAUUCAGCACCAAGGACAAGGAGUCAUGCACCAUGGCGGUGUCAGCAGCGGGAAACUACACCCGGCUGCGUGUCUCCUGCAGGAGACCGGGCCAGACCACAGGCCGGUCCCACUACUGCGACUUCCAGGGCAAACCGAGCCUGUGCCGCGCCUACAACGCCAACCCUCGCCACUACUUCACCCAGAUGAUGUGGGAGCUGAGGAAGCUGAAGAGCGCCUGCCAGGGAGCUAAAAUCUACCGCCCCCAGAUGUGCAAGAAAUACCCAGACGAGGCCCAAAUGACCUUCCUCACCUCUUGGCCGAAGCCCCCCAAGGAGGAGCGCAAACCGUCGGUGCAAGCCCAGCCCAAGCCUGUCGCCACCGCCAAACCUGUGAAGCCUCACAUGAAGCCACAGCCAGGCAAGGUCCCACAGGGCAGAAAGCCCACCCCCAAGCCUGGGAAGACCACUACACAUGCAACGGAAGAGCCCGAGUCCACUGCCUCCCGCCUCGCCACCGAGUACUGCUGGAAGAGCUUCCACGGCGUCUGCAGCUACCUCAUCAACUGGUUCCAGGACUGAGAAGAUGCUGCAGAGACUCAGGUUGGAAUCACAAGGAGUCAACCCAGCCUUUGAACUCUUUGGAAAGAGCUCAUCAAUCAAAAAAGAACCCAUCUCCCCACAAGAUGUGGCAUGUCGAAAAUAAAAUAUAUGCGUUUGUAUAAGAUUCAACAGUAACUCCAUGUGUUAUGUAAGUGUUUUUACAGCAUGUAUCCUCAAAGAGAGAAUAAAAUCGGAGGGGCGAGCUCAA